CGUUAUCUACCAGCGCCCUUAGUUAUUUUCCGUCGUUGUCGCAGUUCCCUGUGUUGACUUCCCCCUCAACGGCUCCUCCUGUUUAUGUACACGCACGGAAUUUCGUUCCGCUAUGUACCCCGGCUCUUUCACGGCGGUGAUAGCUUUGCUGUGCUUCUGUUGCUCACACUGUGCCCGAAAAAGGAUUGGCACGUGCCCAGAGCUGGAGCUGUGUGCCUGCAAAACGACCGGCCCCUUUGUCACUUGCAGUAGCGUCAACAACGAGACGCCAGUCCUACAGGACAUCGCGAGGUUGCAGGGACACGUGAUACGAAAACUGUAUGUGAGCCACGUCAGUGUGGCUGCUCUGCCAGCGUACUUAUUCUCCAACAUCACUUUGAGAGUGCUCCAAAUUCGACAUUGUGGUCUGACAUCGCUGGACGACAACGCCUUCGUAGGAAUCACUGAGGGUAGGUUGUCAGACCUGCACCUCACGCACAACCUUCUGACGACUGUACCGCGUGCACUUGGCGCACUGAGUGAGCUGAGUGGGCUGUACCUGGAUUACAAUCGAAUACAGCAUGUCGACCAACGCCUCGGUCACCUGCCGUCACUGCGCGUUUUGUCGUUGUCGCACAAUUUAAUUUCGUCUUUUCACCCGAACGCUUUUAAGAAUCUACGCAGUUUGCGGAAGUUGUGGUUAGGCACCAACAGAAUCAAGACCAUCCCUCCCAGACUGCUUUCGGGAGUGCCCGCUCUGGCUGUCCUGAGCCUGAGGAACAAUUCCAUAAGUUCAUUGACUAAAGCUAUGUUUCAGAAUCUGAACUACUUACAAGAGCUGACCCUGAGCAAUAAUAACAUCAGUAACAUCUAUGGGGUAACAGCUGUGCCACUCACUUCUCUCAAGAAACUCUUCUUGAAUGAUAAUCCCAUCACUGGUGUCACUGCGUUUGGAGCGUUUCAAGUUAACGUAGAAGUGUUAACGCUUCGAAACUGUAACAUCUCCCUGAUUAAUCCCGUCGCUUUUGUAACUGUCGAACAAUUGCGUACCUUACACAUUUCCUACAAUAACAUACCCUACGUUAACGGCAGUGCGUUCCAUAAGAUAUCAAGACUCGUUACAUUGUUGGCGUCUCACAAUUCCAUCACAAGUUUGGAGGAGACUUUCCAUUACACGCGAAUGUUGGAAAAAGUGCACAUGUCUUCCAAUAAGAUAACCGAUAUAAGCAACGCAUUUUCAGUAACUAAGUAUCUCAAGGAACUGAAGCUGGCAAAAAAUUUGAUCUCGUUCUUAGCUGAUGGCACGUUUGAAAAUAAUGGAAACUUGGAACAAUUAGACUUCGGACAUAAUCGAAUUGCCUGGUUAGGAAGGUACUGUUUUCACCGUCUUGUCAGCUUGAAGCAUUUGUUCUUGGAAGGAAAUCGUCUGAUAAUGUUGAACGGAUCGUUGCACUCGAUGCCUACUCUUCAGCUCUUAUAUAUUCAACGCAAUCUAUUAGGCGCACUUGAAGAUGAUGAUUUUAGCGGCGCUCCAAGGCUAAAAAUGAUUUAUGCGUUCGCAAACAACAUCAGCGAUGUUCGUGGUGCGUUCAAGGAGCUUCCAAGGUUAGAAAAACUUCUCCUUCAGAACAACAGCCUGACCACAAUACAUCGUGCCAGCUUCCCCACGGCUUCGAUGAGCUUGAAAAUAAUAAAUAUUGCAGGAAAUCCAUUACACUGCGACUGCCAAAUCUCCUGGCUUCUAGAAGAUCGUACAGGAGUGUCGUUACAAGGCAUUCCGCUUUGCGACACUCCUUUCUGGUGGCAGGGAUCGUCGCUUCGGAACCUCACCUUGGAAGAUCUGCAGCACUGGCCCGAGGACUGUGACCACAGGUGCACAUGCACAUGCCACGUGAAUGAAGACUACAGCAGAGUGACAAACGUGGACUGCUCAAACAGAGGCCUAACGCACAUACCAGAGAGGGUUCCUCGGGAUACGCACCUCAUUAACCUUGGGCAAAAUCAACUACGUGCCACAGGAAGUUUCUUCGUCGAACGAACACCAUACCUACACACCUUGCUCCUGCGUGAUAACUCGCUCGCCAAUAUUGAAGCCAUGCAUAUCCCCAGAGGCUUGAAACUCUUGGACCUGAGAAACAACAGCCUUACUCGACUUCCAACACCUGUGGCGUCGCAGCUAAACUUAUCCAGAUUGUGGCUGUCGGGGAACCCGUGGAGUUGCGGUUGUGAGGCCUACGAUUUUCAAGUAUGGGCUCGUGUCCACGAAGAUGUGGUAAGGGACUCCAUAAUAUGUGCAGAAGGAAGCAAUCCCAGCGUUUCUCAGAAACCUCUCAUGUUACUGGACUCGGUGGACUUCUGUCCGCCCGAUAUAUCGGAGUUCGUUACAUUUGGAGUUCCUGUAUUUGUUCUGUUAACCAUUGUGCUGACCGUCACGGUGGUGUAUGUAAAACGUGAAAGACAAAUCAAGAUAUGGCUGUACUCGCAUGGCGUGCACUUUGUCAAGGAGUACGAACUCGACAGCGACAAAGUGUUUGACGUCUUCAUAUCAUUCAGCAGCAAGGACUAUGAUUGGGCUUAUGCGAACCUGAUACCCGGACUCGAAAGGGCAGGCUUCUCAUUGUGCACCUACGAUAGAAACUUCAAAGGAGGCUUUCUACUGCAGGAUAUUAUACGGGAGGCAGUUUCUUGUUCACGGCGUACGCUGCUACUGCUUACACAAAACUUCGUGGAGAGUGACUGGUGUCGUUGGGAGUUUCGCGUCGCCCAUCACACGGCUCUGCAAGACAAAAUCAACAGACUGGUCAUCGUGGUUGUGGAUAAGGUGCCGGAUGGUCUCGAUCAGGAACUCGUUCAUUACAUGCAGGCAACUAAUUAUCUGCGCUGGGGGGAGAAGCAUUUCUGGAACAAGCUUAUAUACUCUUUGCCCAAGAAAAACAGAAAUCCAGUUCGGCAUCCUGGCGGUAUACCGCUCUCAAUUAUACCGAGGACAGGAGAUUAAACGGGUUAAAUGUCUUUCCUAGUUCACCCGUUGUUUUUUGUUUUUUUAAUAUAAUUUUGAACGUGUUCAAAGAAAGAUACAACAGUCCUGGUGUUUCAGUCCGAAAGACAUCCAGUUAGAUAGGCGCUGUCACGCCGAAGUAACAUAAGAUAUAGAAUUUGAGAACAGAACUGUUAUAUUUGUUGAUACAGACGGGUGUAAGUGUUUUCGUUGAUGUCGUCGCUAGUACUGCGCACGCUAGCGUGCCAGUAAGAGACGUCCAUAAAGGACAAAUACACCAAGCAGAACUCGUAGAACAAGCCAUCUGUACAUGACUGAGCAAAGACCGGUACGGUGACUUGAAUAAAACAAAAACCAGGAAAGGGGCUAGCCGUUUGUUGACGGGUACGUUUGUUUACGGGGACGUCAGGAGUUACAGUUAAGUUUUCAAAAAUAGUUAAUUUAGAAUUAGUUUUCUUGAAUUGUGAAAAUUUAGAGCUAUACAACUAUAUGACCCAGACAUGAAAGCAGACCUUGAAGACGUGGUCAGUGUAGCGUAUUUUCAACGAUUUUCAACGAUUUUAGAUUUUCAACGGUUUGUAGAUAACGGCAUCCCAUCAGUCCAGUUGUCAUCCUUGUGUGGUUAAGCAGGUUAUUUUUCGAAGGAAGUGGAGGACGAUGGCUGUCGCCUUUACAUCUGGCUUCAAUGUUUUUGCCAGUGCCUACUAAUAUGCUCUGAUCGCUCUGUUCAUUAUGAUGCUCCCAUUGCAAGUAUAUGUAUACCGCUUCAGUUGCGUUUUGCCUUCGGAAUAUAGUAUCGUGUUUGAAGUAUUGUUAUCGUAUCUUGCACAUGUUGGCUGUCGACUUAACGUAAGUGCUUCAAUUUAGAGUUUGCUUUUUAGAAACGAAAGCGGGUAAAUGCAACGCUCAAACGCUUUAUUUUGCGCACUUGUUUGUUUUUUGUUGCGCGACUAUGUUUGCAUACCAUUUUUGUUAGACGCGUAAGCUGUAGCUCUGGUUUGUCGUGUCACCAAAGACAGGUUAUACAGGCAACCCAGCACGGAAAUACCAGCUAAACCCGUGUCCAACUGUAACGUGUGAGAAGGACGAAACGACGUUCGAAGUCUACACGCAUAAAAAAAAAGAGCUAUGGUAGGUUGGUUGGUUAGACGUAGGAAAAGAGAUUUAAUUCAUCAUCUGGUGAGUUCGGCUACUCUAAUAAAUAUGGUAAUACCUGAGAAACGGAAUUGCGGUUACAUUUUACAGCUUCUUUCCCGAAAGGUGGAAAGUAGUUACUAGAGUCACUAAAUAGGGGUACAGAGUAUGGCAUUCCUUUUCCGCGCCGGAGACGCCGUUCGGUGUCCUCGAUUGGGCCGAUCGUGUCACGUGGUCUCUCCUUCCAAGAACGCGCCAUCCCCUCAAUUCAAAACUUGGUUCCUCGGUUGCGAGCUGGCUCGACUGCCCGCAGUUCUCCGAUGGAGAAGGGGGAGAUUGGUGUCCCGUUGCUAGGCGACGCAGCAACGCCGGACCCAAGAUAGCGGUCUAGCUCGCCGGCGUGGCUUAGUGUCGCUACUCUGCAUCCUGUUUACUGACUCUAGUAGUUUCCAGGGUCGCGGAAUGGGGCCACCCAUUCCAUUCCGACUAGAAGGUUGUUUCGCUCUGGACCGUGUGCAGGUGCGGUGCGUUCGUACAAAGGUCCCGAAGGCAGAAACCAAAACUACCAACUAUACUACAAACUAUACAAACCUUUCACUAACAAACAUAUAUUUGCUCGUCUUUCUCAGAAACAUUGUGAAUGUUUUUUAUUUUUGUUUUGUUUUUUUAUAGAAGCAGAUGGAAUAGUAAGAA